UGUAGAUGCUCUAGUCCUGCCCAUGCGAGCGGCAGCAGCAGCAGCUCUACGUUACAGGCAGCCGCGGGUAGUGAACAGGAGCAGACAGAUACCACUCGCGCGUGUCGUGUAUAAGUAUCUCUCCCGGACUCCCCGCCGUCCCACCCGCGGUCGGCCAGCCCAGCCAGUCAGUCCCCGUUCCGUCCCGCCCCGGCGACUCCGCCACCCGCCCCUCUCGCCUCACCUUCCCUGCACGCCCCAGCAGUUGACCCGCGCGACGCGCCGCUCGUCGGAUCAGAUGGACCAUGCCAAGGAGCCGUCUCCCACGCGGGCGUGGUGGUCGAGGGACACGGUGGCCGUGGUGACGGGCGCCAACCGGGGCAUCGGCCACUCGGUGGCCGCGCGGCUCGCGGAGCACGGCCUCACCGUCGUGCUCACCGCGCGGGACGGCGAGCGCGGGGAGGCCGCCGCCGCGCCGCUCCGCGACCGCGGGCUCGCCGUCGUCUUCCGCCGCCUCGACGUCUCCGACCCCGCCUCCGUCGCCGCCUUCGCCGCCUGGCUCCGCGACACCGUCGGCGGCCUCGACAUCCUGGUGAACAAUGCCGCGGUGUCGUUCAACGAGAUCGACACCAACUCGGUGGAGCACGCGGAGACGGUCCUCAACACCAACUUCUACGGGACCAAGCUGCUGACCGAGGCGCUCCUGCCCCUCUUCCGGCGAUCGCCGGCCACCAGCCGGAUUCUCAACAUCAGCUCGCAGCUUGGCCUUCUUAACAAGGUGCGCAACCCGUCGCUGAGGAGGCUGCUCCUGGACGAGGAGACCCUGACGGAGGGCAAGAUCGAGGCCAUGGUGUCGCAGUUCCUGGCGCAGGUCAAGGACGGGACGUGGGCGGAAAACGGGUGGCCCAAGGUGUGGACGGACUACGCCGUCUCCAAGCUGGCGGUAAACGCCUACACCCGCGUCCUGGCGCGCCGGCUGCAGUCCGGCGGCGAGCGCGUCAGCGUCAACUGCUUCUGCCCCGGGUUCACGCGGACCGACAUGACCAAGGGGUGGGGCAAGCGCACCGCCGAGGAGGUGGCCGACUUCGGCGCCCGGCUGGCGCUGCUCCCGCCCGGCGAGCUCCCCACCGGCACCUUCUUCAAGUGGCGCACGCCGCAGCUCUACUCCAAGCUGUGAGAGACGGAGGAUGGCACGUAUCCGAUGGUGUUCGUCUAUACGUCCCGUGCGUGGUCGAUGGUUGCUGGAAUUCUUGGCACCCUGCUGUACGUCCGUGGUGGAGUAAAUAUCUUGUUUCAGUUUAGCCAUCGUUGUAGCUAAGUUGAUGCUUCUACCUAAGUGUACAAUAGCUGAUAAAUCAGUGGUGUUCCACUCGUCCCAUUGCUUUGGAUCUUAACACGGCAUGGAUUCAAGCA